UGAGCGUGGAAUUUUUAAAUAAUUAAAAAAAUUUCAUUGUAUUUUUUUUUAACACCAUCUAACAGGAAAAACCAGAGUGUUUUAAUGAUACAUUGAAAUUUAUGUCUUAAAAAAAAGUUAAACUAACUUAGAGGAGUUCCAUAUACUGCCAACUUUUCUCACAUCUUCAAUUCAACCGAAAUCAAUUCGAGACAGAAGAGUGUGUAAUAAUAAAAGAGAUAGCAAGAGAGAGAGAGAGGAAACACAAAUAAAAACAAAAUGACGAGUCCAACAACGACGAGACAAUCUUAUAAAUUGUCCUUAACCUUUUUAAGCCUUUUACUAUGCUCAAUGGUUGUGGCUACACCCACUGCACACACUACCACACAUGCUGCUGACAACUCCUCGUCGUCGUCUCCAGUGGAUCUUAAGGCUGAUGAAAACUACUUGUGUCCCGAAGACUGUCACUGUGUUUUGGCUCACAAUACACACAAACCAUUUUUGCAUGCCAAAUGUUCAUCUCUAAAGGGUCUUCAGACAGAGAAGGCCUUAGAGGCUACACUGCCGGUACAUUCCAUAGAUUUGUCAUUCUUAAAUUUGACUCGUUUGGCCAAGUCUUUGGAAAAACUGCACGAUCUCACUUCCAUUGAUUUGUCACACAAUGAAUUGCACGAAAUUGGCCAUUUGGGCAGACGUAUCAAGAAAUUGAAUUUGAAGCACAAUCGCAUUAACUCCUCCAAAUUGUCCAAAAUGCCACAACAUGUUCAGUCUUUGAAUUUACAGCACAACGAUAUUACCAACUUGCCCUUGGAAUUUACCAAAUUGACUCAGUUGCAGUCAUUGGAAUUGGCCCACAAUCAAAUCAACUGUUCCUGUGAAACCUUGGAGGUGCGCAAUUGGCUGCAAGAGCGUCAUGUUUUCAUGGAACAUCCGGUGAAAUGUUUCUAUCCCGCCCUCUACAAAGGCAAAUCCUGGUUGCAGGUCAAACAGUCGGCGGUUUGUGAAAAGGAGAAGAGAUUGGGUUAUAACGCUGCCGAGGAAGAAGAAAAUGAAUUGAUGAUGGGUGAUCAGCCGUUCGAAGCUUCCGGUGAUGAGGUACAAGAUGAAGAGGAAUUGGGUAAAGAUUUUAUGCCCAUUGACAGCAAUACCAAAAAGACCACUAGUGCCCAAAAUUCAGCUCUCACCAUGUUAAGUGAAGUUGAAGGUUCUGGCGAUUUAAGUGAAAUGAAUUUGCCUUUGGAUAUGUUGGACACCAGUACCAACUCGGCUCCUGUAGAUGAAGUAACCACCGAAAUGCCCGAAGAAGAUGAUGAAGGUUCUGGCAGUGGUGGCGGUAUGUUGUUUAUACCCGCUAUUCAUCGUGAACAUGUAAUCACCGACGAUUUCGAUAUACCCGAGUCAAAGGAAGAAGAUGAUGGUGAUAUGAAUGAAGAUGAUUUGAAUGACAACAAACCCAUUGAAGAGCCUGCAGUUGAUUCUGAUGUCUUCCGUCAUAAUUUGGGUAUUUUCGAUGGUGAUGAGAAACCUAGACCUAGUACCGAGCAGCCAGAAGUUGAAGAGGAAGAAAUUAAACCUGUGGAUGUACCCACUUUGGGUGAGGGUAAUGAACCUUCCACGGAUGGUCCCGAAACUGAUGCUGUGGCUCAUGCUAAGAUGGGUGAAACUAAGGAUGAUAGCAAUGCCACCUACUUCCUUUUGGGUGUUAUUGGUCUCAUUGUCAUUGGCCUUUUGUUGUAUGUGGCCAUUAAACGUUGCAAGCACAGCAGUCAUCGUAAUGAUCCCGAAAAUCCUCAAACUGAAUUGGUAGAUAUGGACAAGAAACAAUUGGGCAAACCUUUACGCAAUGGAGUGCCCGAACAUGUACCUUUGAUUGGAGAAAAAACUAAAUCCGAUAUGGCUAAACCUAUUAAUGGCUCCAAACCCUAUGACGGUGAUACUAAAGAUGGUCCCAGUCAAAAUGAACCUUUACUGAAUAAAAACGGUAAUGCUAAUGGCAAUGGUGCUGCUCAUGCCGAUGAACCAGAAGACAGUCGUCCUGGCUCUCAAUUGCAGGCACCCCAUGAAUACUAUCCCAUCUCUCCCAGAUAUCCACCACCACAAUCACCCAGAGCCUCAAAGUACAGUCAACAGCCACAGCAGGCAGAACAAAACAAUAAUGAUCCCAAUCAACCCUACCUGCCUUCAUCGCCCAAAUCCGGCCGUUAUUCACCCGUGUACUCACCCGAAACUGGUCGCGUCAAGAUCAAGCUAAGUGAAACACCCCGCCCUAAAACACCCAUGCUAGUGACACGCAGUCGUUCAAAUGCCGGUGAUAUUAUAACCACACCCGUCAGACCCACACAAAUGGAAAGCUUACAGGCUACACCCGUUCAUACAGCAGCAACAAAUGGUCAUGCCGUUGGGGAUCAUUGAUAGUUUGGGGGAAGGAUCAAAUAAACCAAUAAAACCCACCCUUCCAAAAACAACCUUCACUACCACACACACAUUAAAGCCAACAACCAUUUAAAAAAAGAGUAGUGUCUAAAAUGCUGUGAAUAAGGUGCUUUAAGCGAAAUUAACAUUAAACAAAAACUUAAUAUUUAAAGAAAAAAACAACUGAGAGGAAACAAAUCACCCACAACAAUAUUAUUUUCAUUACAAUUAUAUUAUUAUUUCCAACAAUUAACCAUUUAACUAACAUGAUAAAUGUGAAGGAAAUUAAGCGUCAAAGUGUUAAAGGAAUAUAUACAAGCCUACAGCUAUUUAAAGGUAUGCAUUGUUAUGGGGAGUUACAUUUUCGUUUGAUUUUUAAAGAAAUUUUCAGUUUAAAACGAAUUUAAAGUGAUGCAAUAAUUGUUUAUACAUAGAAAUCUUUAUAAUAAAUUUAAAAAUAAGA